AUGUCAUCGCGCCGAGCCUUCAGCAUACUCUCCUCAAUCCGUCCUUGCAUGCUCCGUCGAGACGCGUCAGCUCCAUCGCCAUCAUCGUUACCGCAAUCCGAGCCUACUCAGCCCGCCCUCGACCUCCUCCCCCGCAUCUCCACUCAUCCCUCCCUCGCCUCAGUACAGGUGCGCAAUGGACCUCGAGAUACAUAUAAUCCAAGUCAUAGGGUGCGGAAGAGGCGGGCUGGAUUUCUGGCAAGACUUAAGACGAGGAAAGGAAGGAUGGUGUUGAAGAGGAGGCAAUUAAAGGGCAGGUGUACCCUGAGUCAUUGA